UCUAAAAGUUGGUUUUAAUUGGUUGCCCACAGGAUUGACUUGGCCUCUGCUUCUUAAGAAAAUACAUCUCUUGUUUUACAAGGUGUGUGUGGUUUCAGCGCAGCAUGGCUGUGGUCAUCCGUUUGCAAGGUCUCCCAAUUGUGGCGGGGACCAUGGACAUCCGCCACUUCUUCUCUGGAUUGACCAUCCCCGAUGGGGGCGUGCAUAUUGUAGGGGGUGAACUGGGUGAGGCUUUCAUCGUUUUUGCCACUGAUGAAGAUGCAAGGCUUGGUAUGAUGCGCACAGGUGGUACAAUUAAAGGGUCAAAAGUAACACUAUUAUUGAGUAGUAAAACAGAAAUGCAGAAUAUGAUUGAACUGAGUCGUAGGCGUUUUGAAACCGCCAACUUAGAUAUUCCACCAGCAAAUGCUAGUAGAUCAGGACCACCACCUAGCUCAGGGAUGAGCAGCAGGGUAAGCUUGCCAGCAACAGUACCCAACUUUAAUAAUCCUUCACCAAGUGUAGUAACUGCUACCACUUCUGUUCAUGAGAGCAACAAAAGCAUACAGACGUUUUCCACAGCCAGCGUAGGAACUGCUCCUCCAAGUGUGGGGGCUUCCUUUGGGAGCCCAACAUUCAGCUCAGCGGUUCCGAGUACAGCUUCUCCAAUGAACACAGUCCCGCCACCACCAAUUCCUCCAAUCCCAGCGAUGCCAUCUUUGCCACCGCUGCCAUCCAUUCCCCCAAUACCAGUUCCUCCUCCGGUACCAACAUUGCCUCCUGUGCCACCUGUUCCUCCCAUUCCCCCAGUCCCUUCUGUGCCACCUAUGACCACAUUGCCUCCUAUGUCAGGCAUGCCACCCUUGAAUCCACCACCUGUGGCACCUCUGCCUGCUGGAAUGAAUGGCUCUGGAGCGCCUAUGGGUCUGAACAAUAAUCUGAACCCUGUGUUUCUGGGUCCAUUAAAUACUGUUAACCCUAUACAGAUGAAUUCUCAAAGCAGCGUGAAGUCUAUUCCUAUCAACCCUGAUGAUCUGUAUGUGAGUGUGCACGGAAUGCCCUUUUCUGCAAUGGAAAAUGAUGUCAGAGAGUUUUUCCAUGGGCUCCGAGUUGAUGCAGUGCAUUUGUUAAAAGAUCAUGUAGGUCGAAAUAAUGGGAAUGGAUUGGUUAAGUUUCUCUCUCCUCAAGAUACAUUUGAAGCUUUGAAACGAAACAGAAUGCUGAUGAUUCAACGCUAUGUGGAAGUCAGUCCUGCCACAGAGAGACAGUGGGUAGCUGCUGGAGGUCAUAUCACUUUUAAGCAAAGUAUGGGGCCUUCUGGACAAGCCCACCCUCCUUCACAGACACUUCCAAGGUCAAAAUCGCCCAGUGAGCAGAAAAGGUCAAGAUCAAGAUCACCACAUGAGGCUGGAUUUUGUGUUUACUUAAAAGGGCUACCAUUUGAAGCAGAAAACAAACAUGUCAUUGAUUUUUUUAAGAAGUUGGAUAUUGUGGAAGAUAGUAUUUAUAUAGCUUAUGGACCCAAUGGGAAAGCAACUGGUGAAGGCUUUGUAGAAUUCAGGAAUGAUGCUGACUAUAAGGCUGCUCUCUGUCGUCAUAAACAGUACAUGGGCAAUCGCUUUAUUCAAGUUCAUCCAAUAACUAAGAAAGGUAUGCUAGAAAAGAUAGAUAUGAUUCGAAAACGACUUCAGAACUUCACCUAUGACCAGAGGGAAAUGGUGUUAAAUCCGGAGGGGGAAGUCAGUUCUGCCAAAGUCUGUGCCCAUAUAACAAACAUUCCAUUCAGCAUUACCAAGAUGGAUGUUCUUCAGUUCCUAGAAGGAAUCCCAGUGGAUGAGAAUGCUGUACAUGUUCUUGUUGAUAACAAUGGGCAAGGUCUAGGGCAAGCAUUGGUUCAGUUUAAAACUGAAGAUGACGCACAUAAAUCUGAACACUUACACCGUAAAAAGCUGAAUGGGAGAGAAGCUUUUGUUCAUAUAGUUACCCUAGACGAUAUGAGAGAGAUUGAGAAAAAUCCCCCAGCCCAAGGAAAAAAGGGCUUAAAGAUACCUGUUCCAGGUAAUCCUGCAGUACCGGUGAUAGCUAGUGCAGGAAUGCCCACUGCUGGAAUUCCCACUGCUGGAAUACCCAGUGCUGGAAUACCAGGUGCUGCGAUGCCUAGUGCGGGUAUACCUGCUGCUGGGAUGCCUGGUGCUGGGAUGCCCGGCUCUGGAAUGCCUGGUGGUGGAAUACCUGGUCCUGGAAUACCUGGUCCUGGAAUACCUAGUGCCGGAAUACCCGGUCCUGGAAUACCUGGUCCUGCAAUGCCAGGUCCUGCAAUGCCCGGUCCCGCAAUGCCCGGUCCCGCAAUGCCAGGUCCUGCAAUGCCCGGUCCCACAAUGCCCGGUCCUGCAAUGCCCGGUCCCGCAAUGCCCGGUCCCGCAAUACCCGGUCCGGCAAUACCUGGUCCCGCAAUGCCCGGUCCAGCAAUACCUGGCCCAGCAAUACCUGGUCCUGCAAUACCUGGUGCUGGCAUCCCCAGUGCAGGAGGAGAAGAGCAUGUCUUCUUGACUGUAGGAUCAAAGGAGGCCAAUAAUGGGCCACCAUUUAACUUCCCUGGUAAUUUUGGUGGGCCCAAUGCCUUUGGGCCACCACUCCCCCCUCCAGGAUUAGGGGGUGCCUUUGGUGAUGUUAGGCCUGUUAUGCCUUCGGUUGGAAAUAGUGGUUUGCCUGGCCUAGGACUGGAGGUUCCAGGUUUUGGAGGUGCACCAAAUAAUAUAAGUGGGCCAUCAGGAUUUGGGGGCAUCCCUCAGAACUUUGGAAAUGGCCCAGGUAGUUUAAAUGCUCCUCCUGGUUUUGGAAGUGGACCCCCUGGUCUUGGAAGUGUUCCUGGGCAUUUGAGUGGGCCACCAGCCUUUGGGCCAGGGCCUGGGCCUGGCCCCAUCCAUAUUGGGGGUCCCCCUGGCUUUGGAGCUAGCUCUGGAAAACCAGGACCUACAAUAAUUAAGGUGCAGAACAUGCCUUUUACUGUAUCUAUUGAUGAAAUUUUAGAUUUCUUUUAUGGUUAUCAAGUAAUUCCGGGUUCAGUAUGUUUAAAAUACAAUGAAAAAGGUAUGCCUACAGGUGAAGCCAUGGUGGCCUUUGAAUCUCGGGAUGAAGCCACAGCUGCUGUCAUUGAUUUAAAUGAUAGGCCUAUAGGUUCAAGAAAGGUAAAACUCGUUUUAGGGUAGCCGUUCACAUCAGUUUCUUAUUGAGUAUAUCUUUAUUUUGCUGUGAUUAAUGCAUCCAGAUUGUUUUCCUAGUAGUUCCAGGUUAGAACCUGUGGAUUGUUUCAAUUGCAGAUAGAUUGGUUUCUAUACACAGAGCAUUGGUUGGCUGUUUUACAACUCACAGAAUAAAUAUUGCAAUUUGUUACAGUAAAGCUAUCUGGAGAGAACACAAAAAUAACUUUGGCAUACAGUAGAGACCAUUUGUAAUACUCGAUCAUAUAAAGCGUAUCAAGGAAUCUAGAUUGGUUUUCUUUUAUACCACAUGGGAUGAAGAAAAUAGAAACGUGAGUAGAGCUCGUGGAGGGGGCUUGUGCCAGUGCUGACAAUUAGAAGUUGGCUACUUUUGCAAUUUGAUUUAAAGCUGGACAUACCUGCUUUGUUAUAGGCUCAAAGCUUUGUCUGAAACCUUCAUUUUCUUUUAAAAUUGAAUAAAGUCUCUGUAUCCAGAUUCAUUGUAUGUACCUUUAUUGCUUCUUAAGGGUUCUUGCUGUAUAGACAGUCCUACUUCAGUGUUGCCGCUUUAUUUGCCUAUUUGACUCACUUGUAAUAAGUACAACUACUUUGUUAGUUUUUAAUUUCUAAUAUAGAAAUUCCACACUUGUGGUUUCUGCUAAAUAAGCCUGAACUUUGAUUUCUAAUGUCACACUUAUGAUUGUGUGAAAUGACUUUUACCAUAAAAAUAAACAAUGGAGUCCUCUACUGACAUUAUUUGGUUUGACUGCCAAGUUUUAUUUAGUUUAGGAAGUUUAAAAUUUGUUCAUAUUGUUUGGAUGACAAUGAAAACCAGAAACCACUUAGUAAUCAGUGUUUAGUUUAGGUGUUUGAUUUGAAAUCUUUGUGAUGGACUAAUUUAGCAAAUUGUUUUUGUCCCAAUUUAUGUGAAUUUUGGAACAAAGGAAUUCGUAGGAAAGAGCAUUCUAUCUUGGAAUAUAAAACUGAAGUUGAAAGUGGCAGUUUUGUUAGCAGUAGUAUUGUAGAAUGAAAGAUCCCUAUGUUGGAUCAUAGGUUGAUGUGUGUUUAAUUCUGUUAAUUUGGAGGCUUUGUGGUGCCGUUGUUUGAUCAUGAGCCUGUUCACAAAAAUCCUUUAUGCAGAGUCUAAGUACAGCUGUCAGAAGAGAGAAUUGAGGUCACUGUGCAUUUUAUAGUCUUCCUUUUGGCUAUCAGGAUACUAAGAUGGAGGGACUCUUCAGAUGGCUAAAUGUCCUUUCCCUUAAAAAGCAUUUGGUUUAUCACAUCUCGUUCACUGAUAGGUUCUGAAUUUAAAAUGCUUGAAAGCUGUUUCACAGUUCACAUAACUUACAGAAUUGGAGACUGAUGAAUAAUAACGGAAAUAAAUAGUAUCUUUCACAUAAUGUGGCUUUACCUACAUUGAGAAGUCUACAUUUAAAGGAAGCAUAUCUUGCAUACAUUAUAUAUAUAUUUAUUUAUAUACAUGUAUGUAUGUAUGCAUGUAUACACACAUAUACAUAUGCACACACAAAUGUAUGUCUGUAGUGCCUUUUUUGUGUUCUAAGCGAGUGAUACACUGAAGUAAAGUUUCGUCGUGUAAUUUUAGAGUUAAGAGUGGCAACAGUCUCUUGGCGGAAAGUUUGAAAGCCUAUUCACUGCUAUAGUCUUGGAGGAAGAGACAGUUUGAGGUUGUUUUGUUCAGUGAAAGAGUUGUGCAGACUUUGAAAAGUGGCUGCAUUGUGAAUCACUUGAUAACUCACAAACAUAGAUUGCAUGACAGAUAGCUACUGCCUCAAAAAGCAAUAUGUUUAUAUGUGAUGUUAUUUGUUAAGUAAUCAUUUCUCGUUCCAAAGACAGAGUGUGAACACUUCAGAACUAUUUUGGGCAUCUUAUUUCAACUGCAGUUUAUUUUCCCCACUGGAAACUGACUAUAUUUUAGAAAAAGUGAUUGUUGGAAGGUGAAAAUCUUUUAUCCUUUCUCACAGUUUAUUUUGGUUGUAUCUUCGUACAUGAUUAUUAAAUAUUUCAUACACUCAAUUGCAACUAUUUUGUUAUUCUACAUCUUAGAUAAACGCUAAAAAGAAAAACCUGGUUCACACUGUUCAUUAAAUAAGAAAAUAGUGUUGGUAUGGAAAUCAGAGAGAAUUGUGUUCCGCAUUCCCUUUAAUCACAACAGAGUUUGUUGUGAAAUGUAAUUAAAAGCUUUGCCCUCUGGAAUUUGAGCUUGUAUGUUUGGGACAGACCUAAUUGCUGAGUAUAUUUUAUCUUGUUUGGGCAUUGAAGUUUCAGUUUUUAUUUUUAUUUUAAUAACCAUGAAAAUGUGUUCUAUCAAACUAUUUAUACCUCUCGUCAGAAAAAUUUUUCCAGAACUAGACUUGGUAUAGAUUUGAGUUUCCGUAAUUUUUUCAUUUGUAUGGUAUGAAGGCUUUGUAAAGCUUUGCUCAAAGUGUGUUUGUAAACACUGUUCAAGGUAUUCUCAAUUUCAUGUAUAAAUUUUAUUGUCUGUUUUUGGUGACUUUGACAUGGAAAAGAAUAUUUCCUUAGGGUUAAUUUGUUUCUCCUAAGUUUUUAUUAGUGUUUAUUUUUCUUUUGGUUUUAUAGGAGUAGAGAAAUCUACAAAUGUAUUGUAUAAAUAAGCAAAUUGUAAAUUUUUAAAACUCCAGUGCCAGAUUUAGCUCAUAAGCAUAAUUUGGAGGCGUUUUCUGUGUUUAUACUAGUCUGGAUGUACAAUUAUUAGUGGCUGUUGUAGGUUUUGUUUUAAUGCAACAGUGUUAAGUGAAAUGUAGUUCCUGACUCGUUAUUUUAAGUCAUCUCAAAGCAUUGACAAUUAAAGCUGCAUUAGGAAAUGUCAACCUUACAGAUAGGUAGUAACGUUCAGGGUAGCUAAGGUCAGUCCUGAUCUGCUUGAUGAAAUCUAGGCGUACGUACAUAUAUGGAGUAAGCACGCACACAUGGUUUUAGGUGGAAAUGCUCACCUUGCACAAAAAUAAGGAAACAAAAGCUAACUCAAACUCCAUUUUGCUGGAUUCUGCAGAAUUGAUGAAGUGUGUAAAAUAAAAUGCACUCAGUUUGAAAGCGUUGGAAAAAUGAGUGAACAUAACAUGUACAAUGACUCAUAGUCCAUGUUUUGGGGACGUUUGUGGUGGUGAUCACUGAGUGCUUGUCGCGCUCAAUUCCAUGUGUAAGUUAUUUCACUUCAGCUGUUUUAUUGGCAGUCCUGUAGUCCAAUAUUUUGAAUUCAAGCACAGCCAAAGGGCUGUUGACAGUGUGACCACAGCACAACCUACUUUGGCAUCAUUUAGCAAUUUUUGUUUAUAAAGAAGAAGUCUUGGAUACUGUUCAAUAAACUUGUCACAAAAUAAAGGCUGAUGCUUUAAUGCUUCAA